UUUUUUUUUCCCCCUUAGUGCAGAGACGAAUUUUAUUUCCGCCCCCUCCCCCCACAUUCCUGACCUCUCUCCCUCCCCCUUCCCUCUUUCUUUCCUUCCUUCCUCCUCUUCCAAGUUCUGGGAUUUUUCAGCCUUGCUUGGCUUGGGCCAAAAGCACAAAAAAGGCGUUUUCGGAAGCGGCUCGGCGGUGCACAAGGGCCAUUUGUUUGUUUUGGGACGCGGGGCAGGAAAUCUUGCCCGGCCUGAGUCACGGCGGCUCCUUCAAGGAAACGUCAGUGUUCUGCUGUCGCCCCAGCCCGCUGCGCGCCCGGCCGCCGCUGCCCAUGGGGGAGAUGCAGGGCGCGCUGACCAGGGCCCGGCUCGAGUCCCUGCUCCGGCCCCGCCACAAAAAGAGGGCCGAGGCGCAGAAAAGGAGCGAGUCCUUCCUGCUGACCGGACUGGCUUUCAUGAAACAGAGAAGGAUGGGCCUGAACGACUUUAUUCAGAAGAUUGCCAAUAACUCCUAUGCAUGCAAACACCCUGAAGUUCAGUCCAUUUUGAAAAUCUCCCCACCUCAGGAGCCUGAGCUUAUGAAUGCCAACCCUUCUCCUCCACCAAGUCCCUCUCAGCAAAUCAACCUGGGCCCAUCAUCCAAUCCUCAUGCUAAACCGUCUGACUUUCACUUCUUGAAAGUAAUUGGAAAAGGCAGUUUUGGAAAGGUUCUCCUGGCAAGACACAAAGCAGAAGAAGUAUUCUAUGCAGUCAAAGUUUUACAAAAGAAGGCAAUCCUGAAAAAGAAGGAGGAAAAGCAUAUUAUGUCGGAGCGGAAUGUUCUCCUGAAGAACGUGAAACACCCUUUUCUGGUGGGCCUUCACUUCUCCUUCCAGACGGCCGACAAACUGUACUUCGUUCUGGACUACAUCAACGGUGGAGAGUUGUUCUACCAUCUCCAGAGGGAGCGAUGCUUCCUGGAACCACGGGCUCGAUUCUAUGCUGCUGAAAUAGCCAGUGCCUUGGGUUACCUGCACUCUCUGAACAUCGUUUAUAGAGACUUAAAACCAGAGAAUAUUUUGCUAGAUUCACAAGGACACAUUGUCCUUACUGACUUUGGACUCUGCAAGGAGAACAUUGAACAUAAUGGCACGACUUCCACCUUCUGCGGCACGCCCGAGUAUCUGGCGCCUGAGGUGCUUCAUAAGCAGCCCUAUGAUAGAACGGUGGACUGGUGGUGCCUGGGGGCCGUCUUAUAUGAGAUGCUGUAUGGCCUGCCUCCCUUUUAUAGCCGGAACACAGCUGAGAUGUACGACAACAUUCUGAACAAGCCCCUCCAGCUGAAGCCAAAUAUUACAAACUCUGCAAGACACGUCCUGGAAGGGCUCCUGCAGAAGGACAGGACAAAGAGGCUGGGUGCCAAGGAUGACUUUAUGGAGAUUAAGAAUCAUGUCUUCUUCUCCCUAAUUAACUGGGAAGAUCUCAUUAAUAAGAAGAUUACUCCCCCUUUUAACCCAAAUGUGAGCGGACCCAGCGACCUGCGGCACUUUGAUCCUGAGUUCACCGAGGAGCCGGUCCCCAACUCCAUCGGCCGGUCCCCGGACAGCCUCCUCCUCACGGCCAGCGUCAAGGAAGCGGCUGAAGCCUUUCUGGGCUUUUCCUAUGCACCUCCCAUGGACUCUUUCCUCUAAACGGUCUUAGGGUUGGUUGCAAAGGAUUUUCUUAGUUAACCUUUUGGCAGAGCUGCCAGCUGACAGGACAUCUUAAAAGAGAAUUUGCACAUCCCUGGAAGCUUGCACAUCUUGGCAGUCUUAUUGCACACUGUUUGCUGGAAGCUUUUCGAAGAGCACAUCCUCCUCAGUGAGCUUGUGAGAUUCUCCUCUUUAUUCUUCCUUCCAAUGUGGUGCUAUCUCUGAAAUGAGCAGUAGAAGGCCGCCCGAGACAGAUGGCAGUGGUCUCACUGGCUGUUCUGAGAAGGCGCUUCUGGAGGCCUGUCGGGGCCACGAUAACGAAUCUUAUGAAAUGUGCCUUUUCUGAUGAGAUCGUGUUAGCUCCAAAGCUUUUCCUGUUGCCGAGUGUUUUCGUUCCGUUUCUCCUGUGGACUCCUGUGUGAUCCGCCGUAUGAGUGUGGUAUGCUUGCUCCCAGAAGGACUCAGUUAUAAGCAUCAAUGUGACGCAGAACACGACAACGUGGGACAUUGUUUGUUUCUUCCAUAUUUGGAAGAUAAAUUUAUGUGUAGACUGUUUUUUUUUUUUGUAAGAUAUACUUAAUAACUAAAAUUUAUUGAAAAUGGUCUUGCAAUGACUUGUAUCCAGAUGCUUAAAGAAAGCAUUGCUGCUACAAAUAUUUCUAUUUUUAGAAAGGGUUUUUAUGGACCAAUGCCCCAGUUGUCAGUCAGAGCCUGGUGUUUUCAUUGUUUAAAAUGUCACCUAUAAAAUGGGCAUUAUUUAUGUUGUGUUUUUUUUUUUUUUGCAUUCCUGAUAAUUGUAUGUAUUGUAUAAAGAAAGUCUGUACAUUGGGUUAUAACACUAGUAUAUUUAAACUUACAGGCUUAUUUGUAAUGUAAACCACCAUUUUAAUGUACUGUAAUUAACAUGGUUAUAAUAUGUACAAUUCUUUCUCCCCUCCCUACCACACACCUUUUUGUGUGUGAUAAACCAACUUUGGUUUGCAAUAAAACCUUGAAAAAUAUUUACAGAAA